UUAAUCACUCACAGCAUCACUAGUCCACGCACAAGAGCAUAUAACAGGGAUGCUCAAGCAGUACACUGUCCAAGGGGAGGCAAGCAAGAGAGGGGGGAAAAGACAUUAUUUUUUUCCCCUGUAUAGUCUUUGAAAAGCCAGGCAACAGCAUCUUUAGACAAGAUGUGCUCUUGCAUGAAUUUAAGUGGAAGAGACAAAGAAACCAUGCCACUAACAGCAUCGGAGAAAAAAACUGAAAUCAUCAAGCAAUGAGAAUUCAGUCCAGGGAAUCUGAGGGGAAGAAAAAGCAAACUGGCAAACAGAGAUCAGUCAGGAAAUAAUUCAUGUGGAAAGGGAUAGAGAAAACUUGGUAUCUAAAUCAUUUUCACAGCAGCAUCGUCAUAUGAAAAUCCUGUUCUGAAAUUUCCAUCAGGAAGUGACGAGCACUACGAUUAAGAUCCACACAACAUCCUCAGUGCCACAGAUUCUCAGUUACCUCCAAAGAAGGUCUUCCCUUUCCACAGGGAGAUCAGCAUCAAGAGAGAAAAAAACACACGAGCAACAUACUGAUGGGAAUAACCAUCCAAAACAUCACAGGAAACACGGCAAUGGUAAUUUGGCCAAAAAUGGCCAGCUGUGUUGACAGCUUUUACAGCAUCAUGUACCACCCUAACUGGAACAACAUGCUAUCCAGCUACUCGAAAAAAAGCUUUCAGAAGGAAGAGAGGGUGCCCACCAGUCGCUCCUCCUUUGUUGUUGAAAACCUAACUCCACUAACCACAUACAUCAUGUGCGUGACCUGCCAGUCUGCAAACCCCUCCAGCGACCAGUGCAGAGUGUUUAACACGCUGGAACGAGACCCGGCAUCUGCGAGCAACACCAAGAAAGAGUUGGCACUGGGCAUCUGGCUCACCAGCAGCAUCCUGCUCCUCAUCAUUGCUGCAAUCCUCCUCUAUGGCUGCCUGCACCUCCUGUGCCGCAGGAGACAUGAGCGCUUGCAAGAACGAAACAGGACCUCCAAACAAGACCACGAGGAGGCAUGGACCAAAAGCGUGGCUUACACCUCAGAGGAGUUCAGCAGACAGAGACAACAGAUGCAGGACACUGAAGAAAAGCACCCAGGUGGCAUCCAGUUGGCCACAAUCAUAGAGAAUCCCUCUGUGUGCAAUGAGCCUGUCAUGUCGACAUCCCAAAGUUGGGAACAAGUCCCAGUAACGGGACAGUGCUCUGCUAUAAAUUAGAAACCCUUUGUCAGAGAGA